CUACCUACCUACCUACCUACCUACCUACCUACACACAGUACAUACCAACAAUAAACAUUAGAAAGAAAAAAGAGAGAGAGAAAGACAAGACAAGACAAGACAAGACAGACAAACCAAUUCAAUCCAAUCCAAUCCAAUCCAAUUCAAUCUAGCCAUUCUGUUCAUUCCAUUAAAAAAAAGAAGAGAAACCUCAAUUCCAACCUCCAUACUUCUUCUCUGAUUUGGUCGAGUCACACAAUUCUUACCAAUUCUUCGUGUCUAUCCAUCCAUUCUUUCUCUCUUUCUUUCUUUCUUUCUUUCUUUUCUUCUGACUAAAUCCAAAAGGCCAAACCAACCAGCCAACUUCCUUAUCAAUCCAUCGCAAUAUUAUCUCGUCUCUUUACACACUGACACAUUUACACACUUUCAUCCGAACCUUUACAAAUACACCCAUACAAAGUGGAAUCUAUCAUCUAAUUCGAAAUACAAUAUAUCUCCUCGGAUCACUAAUUAUCAUAACCAUCAUAUUUAUUUCAAAGGGCUCAAUACACGCGCGCGAAAGGGAAGGAAAAGUUCCCUGAACAGUGGGAACCUACCUACUUCCCACCUACGGUCGGUACAUCGCACGGUCAUCAUUCAUCGUCAGGUACCGCAUAUUUGAUAAGUCAACUCGUACGGAUCUUAUUUACAGUAGAAAAGAAAGAUUUCAACAUUACAAUUACGAUAUUGUAUACCAAGCAAAACGACGCAAGCAUACAAGCAUACAGCAUACAAGCACGACUUUCUACCACUCUUUUGACUCUUGUUUACUCGUACUCCUACUAUCUAUCGCGCAUUUCCCCAUCGACCCCCCUCCAAUAAUACAUACCUCACGCCUCACACCUCACAUAUCACAUACUACCAUUAUCUUUUCAUCCCACACUUCACUUACAUACACAUACUGCCAACCUAUUUGCGCAAAGCUUCCUUAUCAUUACAUAGCACUCCACUCUAAUCUUAUUUCCAUAAUCAACCUCUCACCCUCAUCUGCCCCCUACCACUUUCUUACCCGAACACCACAUAAUCUUCGAGCGCGUCAAAUCAAACACUACGGUCGCAAAAGUAUCCAAGCCUUUCGUGGUCUCCCCACACGUUCCAACUGAUUGUUCUGCACCAAAGACAGAGUAACGAAUACCCCGAUAAUUUAUCAGAUUCGUUUUCGACCCAUCUUCUUUAUUUGCGACACUUCGAGUAGUUAAACAAUUACAAACUUCGAUAUUUUUGAUCACAAACUUCACACCCUUACACGAUAUCAUCACCAGAGAAUGCCAUGAACGCUCCAGUGUUUGUCCCACAAGGCCAGGCCUUUCGUCAAUCUAAUGGCACCCAACAACCGUAUCAAUCCUUAUCAAUGGCUACGAUGAACGCCUUUGCAGCAGACACUCCUUUGCAAAACACCUCACAAUCAAACGGAGGCGCGUCAUUUGCCUCGGGACCAUGUUCCGUUUUAAUCCGACGCUUACCAUUAAAUACCACUGAAGAUGCACUACGAUCGAUGGUAGUUUGGUCCAAGGAGUUUACUGAAGCUGAAGUAUUGUCUCAAGAGAAAUCUGAAGAUGCAGGAUUCCGAUCUGCUAUUCUCCACUUCAAGUCUCAUGCGGGCGCACUCGAGGCCAAAAACAUGCUUGAUGGAAAACCAAAUAUUGCAAACGAUGCGAACAUGGUGGUGGAGAUAUUUUAUGGAAGUCCUACUACCUCUCGUCGAUAUACUGUCGAUACGAACUCAAACCCCGUGCCAUCUAGCUCCACUUCAUCUACGGCUUCUUCGGCGGGUCCGGCCCCUCGACAAUCGUCCAGAUUUAACGGUUCAUUUACAUCUGCACAAAGGGUGUCACCCACAAACAACAAUGGGAACUAUGCAAAUAAUGAAUUGCCCAAUCCCGAGUCGAGUACUCGCUAUCAAAGUUUGUUCUCUCCACAAUCUCCAAUUGGAAACCAUCUCAAUGACCGGACGCGCAUCUCGGGAAAAUCACUGAUUAAUAACGAUUCUGUUGAAGAUGAUGAGACUGGAGAACUCCUCAAAGAUCCAGUAGCUUAUGCAGAAAAUGGUGCCGCAUCCAUCCAAGCUCGACGCCCAACCAAUCCUCAGAUUCCUAUCACCGCACGUAUGGCAAGCUUAUCUCUGACAACGAAUAACGCUACAGGCCCGGUUUCUAUGUCUUCUUACACACCCCAGCAGGCUAUGCCAUCCAUGACACAUGCGAACACCAUGUCGCCAGUGUCCAUGGGUAACGGUGGCCCGCCUGUAAGUUAUCAGCUUGGAAGUCAGCACUACCAACGCCACAAUUUCCCACCUGUCAAUCCUGCCGAUCAAAACCCUCCAUGUAACACUUUGUAUGUCGGUAAUCUCCCGAUCGAUACAUCUGAGGAUGAGCUUAAAGCUAUGUUCUCUAAGCAGCGUGGCUACAAGCGCCUUUGUUUCAGGACUAAGCAAAAUGGUCCAAUGUGUUUUGUGGAAUUUGAGGACGUUUCGUUUGCGACAAAAGCUCUCCAUGAAUUAUACGGCCAUCCUCUACACAACAGUAUCAAAGGUGGCAUUCGCUUGAGCUUUUCAAAGAAUCCUCUUGGUGUUCGAUCUGGGCCAGGGAUGGGCUCAUCAGGCCCUGCAAAUGUAUCAGGCGGCAUGCAGGGUAUGAAUGGCAUUAUGAUGGGAGGCGCAGGAGGAGCUUUCAGCACUGCGAAUGGCCCUCCCCCGGGUCUUUCUGCUCCACCAGGCUUGGGACCAGUCAGAAUGGGUUAUGCGGGUGUGAUGUCUUCUGGUGCUAUGGCCGGCACUCAAUAUUCUGCCAAUGCUUCAUUCGGGGGAUCCAACAAUUGGAAUGGUCAAGGUUUCACAUCAGCCAUGGCUGCCGGUGGCCCAACACCAAUGAUGAACAGUUCUAAUGGAGGCUUUCCUCCUGCCUAUAUGAUGGGACGAUAGACGGUGCGAAUUAAUGACAUGUGGUGAGCGGUACGGUGGCUGUAACCACGUGGUCUGUCAUUUCUGGGAGUUUUUUGUUUGCUACUAUUUCACUUUUGCAACCAUCAAGUAUGGUAGAGUGAUUUUUUUCCAUUUCAUUUUGUACUGGGUUAUCAAGGGGGAGUCUAACGGUGCCGCAUCAGGUUGCAUUUUACAUAUUCUGUAGUAGGGUGUUCACGAUGGUUAAGAUUCCCCAUAUGCGUUGUUGCACUUGUGGGAGUUGCAGCAGAAGCUGGAAAGGAGAUGGUGGCAUUUGGCACGGUGUUUUUGAUGGACUUUCUUUAUGACCUUUGGUGUUUUUGCAAUUGUUUCUUGCAUCUGUGUACUUUCGCAAUUUCAAGGGCGCAAGCUGGCUGGCCUGCAAGAGUUCAUACUUGAAGUAUGGUUUGAGUACUACUACAAUUAGUCUGGGUAAACGGGAUGGAUUUCAUGCAUAGCAAGUAAAAGAGGGGAUGGAAAAGGCGUCGGAACGUUUCGUCAAUCAUCUGGGCAUCUACAUGAAAGGAAAUACUAUGUAAUGGAUGGCAUAUCAAAUUCAAGGCGAUGUGUUUAGCUCGGCAAUAUACUCGCAAUAAUGGGCGUUUCCGGCAUUCAGGGAAUGGAUUUUGUUGCUGUUCCUUUAGAUUUCCGUUACGAAGAGCAAUCCUUACUUUUUUUUUAUUGUAUGGUUUGCUUUGGAAGUAGCUUUUUGGUCUAGGAAAAUAUUUCAUUUAUGAUGGCCAUGAA